ACUCCUUCCUAUUUGCCACGUUCCUUGACUACGUAUCUAUCUCCCUUGCACAAGAAGAAUGUCCGGCAUUGUCCUUCACAAGGAGUUCGCGUACCCCGUUGCCGCGGCGGUGUCCACCUUCUGGCUCCUUACGUGGCAGACCAUUCGAGUCGGUGCCGCCCGUAAGCUGGCUAAGAUCGACUACCCUCAGGUCUACGCCGAGAAGGCGGAGGCCGCUGUCAACCAGGCCGCUCAGAAGUUUAACUGCGCGCAGCGCGCCCAUCAAAAUACUCUUGAGGUCCUCCCGGUUAUCCUCACGGGCACUCUUGUCACCGGGUUGAAGCACCCUAUCGCCGCCUCAGCCCUCUGCGGUACUUGGGUCUUAGCUCGUGUCUUCUACACCAUCGGCUACUCGACCGGGGACCCCAAGAAGCGCAACAUGCUCAAGUCUUCCACUAUCGGCGGUCUGGCACUAUUCGGCCUUGUUUUGACGUCGACUGCUUCUGCUGUCGCCUUUGUGCGACAAGCCCUGGAGGUUUGAUUCAUAGACGUUAUACUAUACUUGUAAUGGGUAAUUCACUGCGAUGCAGCAAAAUGAUCAGUAUCUCUGUAUACUGCCUUGUUGUUGACAAUGGUGGAUUGUGUUUGUCCAACAAGCCAUUCAAACG